AUGGCAGUCGCUCCGGUGCCCCCGCAGCCGCUGCACUUUGUGAAUUACAGGGUAGAAAAGUACCUGCGCACGUGCGACCCGGAGCCGCCGGUGCAGCUGCGCCGCUGGCUGCUGGCGGACAGCCACGGGCGGUGGCACCUGGCGGUGGACACAAUCAAGUGGGAUGCCGCCAAGCACGAGUACGCAUAUGCAGCGCAGUAUGCCGCGGGCCUGCGGCCGGCGGGCGUGCAGCCCAAGCGAGGCAGGCCCCGCAUCCACCCCCCGAAGCAGCCCAAGAAGCCGCGGCAGCCCAAGGCGCAGCCGGCGGGCGGCGCCGGCGCCGCGGCGGCAGCCCCGGCUGCUCCGGCGGAGCUCACCCCUCCUCCUGCCGCCGCCACAGAUGCCUGGGCUCUCGGCGAGCUGGCUCUGCUGCCGGCGCCGGCGCUGGGCACCGGCGACGUCGGCGAGGACGCCCCCGCCGCGGGCACCUCUGGCAAGCGGCGGGCGCGGCGGCCCAAGCUGGCGGAGUCGACCUUCAUCGAGAGCGAGGAGCGGCGGCAGCAGGUGUACGACCUGCGGCUGGAAGCGGUGAUGGCUGAGCUGGCGCUCCUCAAGGCGCAGUGCGGCGUGGGCUACACGCUGACGCUGGUGGUGCCGGAGAGGGGGGUGGAGGUGGUGACGUCGGCCACCGUCAACGUGCAGGCGGUGAAGGUGGUGCGGCGCAAGCGUGCGGUGGAGAAGCCGGAUGAUGAGCUGGCGCCCGGUGGCGCGGACAGCAGCGCGGCUGCAGCUGCUGCUGCGGCGGCGGCUGCAGACGAGGAGCAGAAGGAGCGGCUGGAGGAGCAGGUGGCGGCUGCGGCUCUGGCUGGGGCCGCGGCGGCGGCCCACCGCAGGGUGGGCAAGGCAGACAAGGCUGCAGCCGCGUCGGCUGCGGCGGCGUCGGCGCCAGCGUCCCUGGAGCAGCAGCAGCAGCUGCAGCUGUUCCAGCAGCACUUUGUGGCGGCACAGCAGCAGUACAUGGCCGCCGCGCAGGCCAUGACCGAGCAGGGCAACCCGCCCAGCCUGCAGCUGAUGCAAGAGUGGCAGGUGGCGGCGGCGCAGUCGGCGGCGGCGGCAGUGGCCGCGGCCGCGGCGCAGCCGGGCUCGGCGGGCGAGGGCGUCGGCAAGGGGAAGAAGCGGCGGGGACGCCCGUUUGCGUCAGCUGAGAAGGCGGCCCAGGGGGCGGCGCCAGCCAAGCGCAUGAAGGCCGCCAACGGGCGCGCCGCUUCCCCGCUGGAGCAGCUAGUGAUCGACCCAGACAUCAAGCAGAUAGCGAGGCACCUCAAGAACAAUGAAGAGCCUUACAUGCCGGGCCUGUGGCGGCGGCAGCCCUUUGAGGAGACUGCGCUGGAGGAGGUUGCCGGCUUUGUGGUGGCAGAGGACUGUGGGGAGGAGGUGGAUGUGGCGGCGCUGCCAGCCAAGCUGGCCAGCAGCCUGGAGCCGGGGCCGGAAGGCGCGGUGGGCGACGGCAGCGACGAGCUGCUUGUGCUGGGCGAGGUGCCCCAGGGGCUGGCGUCGGGGGAGGUGGAUGUGCGGCCGGUGUGGGGCAUCGACAGAUUCACCCGCAAGAACAUCUGGGAGGUGCUGGCGCGGUGCAGCGAGCUGGGGGCGCCCAACACCGAUCAGCUGGACGAGGCGCGCACCCGCUUCAUAGACAACCACCUGCUGCCCGCCCUCAACCGCCGCGGCGCAGGCGGCUGGUGGGUGGAGUUCAUGAACGGCUGCGCCCUGGUGCUGCCCAAGAAGGGACGGCCGGUUGGUGACCCCCAGAAGAACACAGCGGCAGAGUCGCUGACGGAUGAGGAGGUCAUGGCCUGCUUCCACUGGUGGCUCAGCCAGGGCGACAUCGCCUCCACGCGCGACUGGGCCGCCAACCUGGCGUGCCUGAAGGGCAUCGGCCGCAGCGACGACACGCUGCCUGUUUACCUGGCAGACCUUGCGGCGCCUCGGCCGCAAAAGGUCAUUGGCGAGGCCGACUGCCUGGUGCACCGCACCGUCCUGCGGGGCGGCAAGCGCACCGCAGCAGGCGAGGUGCAGUGGUACGACUGGAUCCCUGCCAGUGAGCCUGAGUUGUGCCCGGUGACGGCGGAGGCGGCGUACCUGGCCCUGAGAUUCGAGAUCCAGCAGCAGCCCGUCCCCGACAUCAGUACCAAGGACGGCCUGCUGGAGUUUUGGUCCAUGCCGCUAUACCACGGUGCCAACUUCACCGCCGCCCUGCACUACGAGGCGCACGCGGCCGCCGUCACCAAGCUGGUGGCGGCGCACCAGCCAGUGCCCAAGUCCGCAGCCAACCUGGCCAUCCGCCUGCAGGCCUUGCGCAUCACUCUGAUUCAGAGCGCUCUGGUGCUGGCCCCGCGCUACCCAGAGCACCCAGUGUUUGCGUGGCUCAUGCAGAAGCCACGCUUCAAGGCGUUGCUGAACGAGUUCUCGCUGAAGCAAAUGAAGGGGGUGUACGCGGCGCAGCGCACGCCCAGCCAGGACGACAAGCUUGACAGAAUCUCCAAGGGGCUGGGAGCGCAGACUCGCGCCAUGCUAGCCAGCCUGACCGGCGGCCAGCUCCCCGCUGAGGUGGGGAAGAGCCUGCAAGCCACCGCAACAGUGUUGUGCGAGGACCGGCUGCCCGAUGAUGAGGUGAUGCGGCAGCGCGCUGCCCGGCUCGGCGCGUGGCAGGCUGCAGCGCGCCGCGGCAUAGCAGCGGCGCAACGCGGCGACGCCUGGGCGGAUGUCCAGCAACUGGACCGGGAGGAGCAGACGGCUAGCGAGGUGGACCUGGACCAGCUUGCCCUGGUUGCCCUCAGCAUGGAGGAGGCCCAGCGGCAGGAGCAGCAGGAGGCCGCCGGCACAGCAGCAGGAUGCACGCCCGCACCGGCGGCAGGGGCGGCAGCGGUCAUGCCCACGCCAGCAGCGGCGGCAGGCAUGACGCCGGUGGCGGCAGCAGCGGCUGUGCUCAUGCCCACGCCAGCAGCGGCGGCAGGCAUGACGCCGGUGGCGGCAGCAGCGGCUGUGCUCAUGCCCACGCCCGCAGCGGCGGCAGGCAUGACGCCGGUGGAGGCAGCAGCGGCAGCAGCAGUGGCAGUGGCAGAUCAGCCAGGCGACAACACGGUUGAAGUGCCCGUCGCGUUGCUGCAGCAGCUGAUGGCGCAGCAGCAAAGCCUGCAGCGACAGCUGUUGUUGCUGACGGCAGAGGUGUGCGUGAGCGGCCCCCCCGCCUUGCACCGCGCCGCGGCGGCAGCGCAGCAGGACGACAGCGUGAGCCUGAGCGCAGGCAGCAAGGGCGUGUUCACACUCGGGUACGCCACCUCUGCCAGUUCUGGCACAGGCACAAUGGCACGAGCACGCAGCGCAGCGGGCUACGCAACUGCGGCAGCGGCACCUGCGGCAGCGGCAAGCGCCUCAGCAAGGGGCUCGUUUGUCAGCAGGUGGGCUGGCCUCGACUGCAACCUGCCCCGCAACGGCCUGAGCUUGGUGCCGAGCGCCACAUGGGCCGCCACCCUGUACUAUGAGGGCCACAACGGCUACCCGGCGUGGAAGGACAGGGAGGAAGAGCAGGAGCAGGCCAGCCAGCGCGGCGAGCUGGGCCCGCAACAGUCAUGGCGGUCAGGCCGACGCAGGACCUGGCACCAGUUUGUGAGGGCGAUGCAGCUAGUGGAGGAGGUGGCGAAGAGGGAGCAGUGCACCCCCAUCCAGGCGGCCAAGCUGGUGGACCAGUGCCUGGAGGCACGGCAGGUGGGCAAGGCAAGGAAGAAGAGCUUUGCUUGCCUGGGCCGCUCAGACAAGGCAGAAUCGGUGCGUCAAAUGCUUGGCCUGCCGGCCAAGCCGGAGAGCAGCUGA